AUGAAUAGGAAUACCGAGAAUAACAGGGUGCACAAGUCACCGAAUUAUGCACAAGUAGCAAGGUCUUCUCAAACGCGAGGAGGUCAUGACCACUCACCGCAGCAGCAGCAGCAGCAGCAGGAACUAGAGUCCACCACAGAACCCCUUUUAAGAAACUCAGGUUCAUCUACUUUUCAUUCUUCUUCCAUGCAACAUCAGGGUUAUGCUCCACACAAGAAUUCAUACAAGCCAAAAGAGAAUACAUAUAAAAAAGCACCUGUGCAAUUACCGAUGGCACCACCAACCGAUACAGCUAUCCAGUUUGGAUCGAUCAAUCAGCCAUUGAAUACCCCACUACCCAGCACAGCAGGCAGAACUGGUGAUAUACCUGUAUUGAGACCUUCCGAAGUCCAAUUUGGUAGUUUACCUGUCACUGAUACCACACAUAGAGCAGCACAACAACAACAACAAAUCAGACAUCAACAACAAAAGUCAGAUAUGCCUCGUACAACCAAUGAUGCUAGAUUAUUUACCCAACCUUACGCGCCUCGUCGAGAUCUGAAUCAGGGAGACUAUAAUAAUAAUAAUCGCUAUUAUAAUAACUACAAGAACAAUAAUUACAAUAAUAAUCAUAAUAGACCUCCUCCUCCACAACAGCACCAACAACAACAGCAACAGCAACAGCAACAGCAACAACAGCAACUGCAACAACAGCAACUGCAACAGCAGCAGCAACAACAACAACAUCAACAGCAGCAACAACAACAUCAUCAACAACAACAGCACCAACAGCAGCAAAGUUCGCCUCAUCAGCAACAACAUUUACCUCCUUCGCCUAUGAGUGUGCAUCGUUCACCCAAUAUCAAUAACUACCAAAAGAAGAAUAAUCUUUCUCCACAUAUUCCUCAUUCGUCAUCCCCACAAAAUAUCCAAAUGACCGCCAGUUGGUCACCCGGUCCCUAUUAUUACCCUCAAUACCCAGUCUCUGUAUCCCCAUAUAGUGUCGUACCCACCAGUAAUAACACCAGGCCCAUGACCCAACCUGCCGCACGUAAAGUCAUUGCUAUCAUUAACCCCACCACAGGUGCUGCUGUCAAUACCAGUCCCAUGUCUCUGACUACCAAUACAAGCUCACCCGCAAUCAAGGAAGAAAAGCUCGAUUUCAAGGUACCUAUCCCUCAUGUCUCCAAAGCGGUUGUCAUUGUCGACCCUGCUAUUCGUGACAGAGAAUUACGUGAGAAACGGGAACGUGAAGAGGCUGAAAAGGAAGCACUGUUGAAGGCAGAAAGAGAGGAACAGGAAAGGAUCGAAAGGGAAAAGUUGGCAGAGAUUGAACGACUGGAGGUAGAAAAGAGACGACUGGAGGAAGAAAAGAGAUUGCAGGAGGAGAAACGAUUGGCUGAGGAAAAGAGAUUGGCAGACGAGGAAAAGAAAAGACUGGAGGAGGAAAAACGUAAAGAGGAAGAGGAGAGGGAAGUAAAGCGUGUCUUGGCCGAAUUGGAAAAGGCAAAGAAACAAGCAGAAGAAGAUCAAUUAGCCGCUGCUGCUGCUGCUGCCGCUGCUGCUGCCGCCGCUGCUGCCACUGCUGCUAACAUUGCUCGUGGGCCCUCUCCCAUCAAAAUCAUUAAAGAUCCAAGCACUAUCCAAUAUCCUCCCGGUAUUCAACAAGCUCCCCCUCCUUCCAAGGACGGAAAACUCACUUACAGUAUCGAAUUCUUGUUACAGUUUCAACAACUUUGUUUGGACACCGAAGAGGAUUUAUCUGCUAUUGGCAAUGAAAUGGGUGAUAGCAUACGUACACCAGGUGGUAUGCGUCAAUCUUCAGGUAGAGGCCGUGGUGCUCCUGUAGUUGGUGGUGAUCCCAUGUUCAGAAUGGGUUCGCGUGAUAAUGGUCGUAUGGAAAUGGGUAAAUUCAAUAUGGGUCGUCCUUUAACGCCUCGUGUCAACAGUAACCAAACUCCUAGAGGAGGCGGAAAUAUGAAUACAAGAGGUGGUCGUGGUGGUAGUAACAUGAAGAUUACUCGUAAUCCAACCCUUCAUCAACAACAAGGAGCUCCCACUAUUCCCUUUGAGCAAGUCGUGCCCCUUGAAAAGAGUGAGAACAGAUGGGUGCCUGCUAUUUUAUCCUCCACUCCUUUGGCUAUGGCUGCAUCGGGUCCCACCGCUGAGAACGAAGUCUUGCCCCAAGAAUUUAUUAUCCGUAAAGUCAAUGCUUUACUCAACAAAUUGACACUGGAGAAAUUUGCUUCCAUUGCACCUCAAAUCUUUGAUUAUGCUAAACAAUCAGAAAAGGAAGACGAUGGUCGUUCAUUACGUACUGUCAUGAAGUUGACGUUUGAGAAAGCCUGUGAUGAGCCUGCCUUUGCUACCAUGUGGGCUCAACUCUGUCGCCACAUGUAUGAUUCUAUGACGGAUGAGAUUCGUGAUACGGGUAUCUUGAAUGAAGCCAAGGAGCCUUCUUCUGGUGUCUUACUAUUCCGAAAGUACCUCUUUAACCGCUGUCAAGUUGAAUUCGAAAAGGGUUGGAAGGUCAAUAUGCCCGAAGUGGACGAAGUGGAUGGUAUGAUGACGGAAGAGUAUUAUAUCGCUGCUAAAGCAAAGAGACAAGGUCUCGGUCUCAUUCAAUUCAUUGGUGAGUUAUUCAAGCUUGAAAUGUUGUCUGAACGUAUCAUGUACAGUUGCAUGAUCAAAUUAUGUAAUGAUCCUGUCAAUGCUGGUGAUGAAGAAGCCGAGUCACUCUGUAAAUUAUUGACGACCAUUGGUAAAGCAUUGGACGGUAAAGCCAAGACUUCAAAGUGGGUUGAUGUUGUGAUUGGUCGCAUGAAGAAUGAAAUGGUCAAUAGUCCUAAACUUACUUCGCGUGUCAAGUUCAUGAUUCAAGAUCUGCUUGAUUUAAGAAAGGAUCGUUGGGUUCCUCGAAGUGGUGGUAAUCAAGUCGGUCCUACCACGAUUGCAAAGAUUCAUGAAAUGGCUGAAAAAGCCAAGGAAGAAAAAGAAGCUGCAGCUGCAGCGGCCAAUAUGAGACGUAAUAAUAGCUCGCGUGGUCCCUAUAUACCCAACAACAACAACAAUAACAACAAUCAAUACAACAACAACAACAACAAUAAUAAUAACAAUAAUAAUAAUAUGGCUCGUACUGGAUCUUAUCGUGGUGGUAGAGAUAAUCAUUAUUUCCAACCUCACAACAACCACAAUAAUAAUAAUGGCAGUAGUAGUAGCACUGGUGGUGGUGAUGGAUGGAGUACCGUGUCUCCUGGAAGUAGUACUGGAGCAGGAGGUAAACAGAAGUCUGACAAUGAUUUGACAGGUUUCGGCAAAGUGGAUAGAAGUAGAACAGGUAGAACCAAUAUUUUGGGUCCUGGUAAUAGUCCUUUCCCCAGUUUAAGUCGUGUUAAACCCACUAUGAAUACGGAUAUGAAGCCCGAUGGACGAUCCAGUCCCGCUACCAACAUGUUUAGUGCUUUAGAAAAGGCAGAUGAACGCAAAAAGUUAACACUGGCUCCUCGUAGUGUUACUGCUACUUCUCCUGUUGCCUCGCCCAAGUUAUCGGAUGAUGCUGUGAAACGUAAGGCCAAGAACAUUCUGGAGGAAUACUUUAAUAUCCGAGAUAAAAAAGAACUCUGUGAAUGUGUGAAAGAAUUGGAUGAUGAACAUUAUCUUUUCUUGUUUGUGAUCCAGAUGUUGACGGUGGUGGAAAAGAAGGCAGAGGAUGUGAAUCGAACAGUGGAAUUGAUAGAUUACCUAUAUACGGAAAAUCUGAUUGAAAGAGAUAUCUAUGUGAAAGCUUUUAAACAGUUUAUGGAAGGUUAUGAUGAUUUAACCAUCGAUGUACCCCAAGCUCCUAAGUAUGUCGCACAGCUCUUGCUCUCUGCGGGUCUCACCCCAGAGCUUGUGGACGAGGAAGGCUUUGAUUCUCUGAAGAAAGCCUUUAAUAAAGUACUUUGA